GCGCAUGCGUACAGUUAAAGCCAACACAGUCAUCUCCAGCUACAGACGAUCUUUGGUUGAGAGAAAUGGCGUCGGAUAACGGACUGGCCUCUCUGGGGGUGGACGGAGCGUCAGCAGCUGCACAUGCGCUGUCUCUUCCUGCAGACGCUUAUGGAAAUGAUCCCCGGCUUGAAGUCAUGUGGGCGAUGAAGGCCUACAACCACGCAGAGGUUUACUUCAAUCUCAUUUCAUCAGUCGAUCCGAAGUUCCUGAAACUGACGAAACUGGACGACAAAAUCUACUCGUCCUUCAGAGAAACCUUCAAAGAGCUCGACGUAAAGCUGCUGAAGCCAGACGACCUGAAGUCUGACGAGGCCAAAGAGACGUGGCGUCCGUUCUGUAACCAGUUUGAAGGCCUCAUCGAAGACUUCAACUACGGCACUCUGCUCCGCCUGGACUGUGAGAAAGAUUACACAGAGGAGAAUACUAUAUUUGCCACCAGGGUUCAGUUCUUUGCUGUUGAAAUCGCCCGCAACAGAGAAGGCUACAACAACACAGUGUUCAUGUCCAAACGCUCAAAGAGCUAGCUUCAGAACAAACCAGUGCCGAACCCCUCCGACCCGGCGGAGCGGCGCCGGGACGCCCCUCCAGGAAACACACAGAUGAACGGUCACUCGCCGUCUCCCGAGGACGCAGCCUUUUCUUUUCAUUUUAAUAUUUUUAAGUUUUCUGAAAACAUCCGUCGAUGAUUUGUUUGUUUAAUACUGAGGUCGGAUUCAAAGCUGGUCCUUUCCUCAGCUGUUUGGACACUGACGCAUUUUGUAUUUACUGUAGAGUUUUAUUGUGCCGAUCAUAAGUGGAAGCGGUUGUUUAUUUUGUAAUAACACAGAAGUUGCAUUUGUUUGCCCGUAACCAAGGAAACAACAAAUAAAGUCAGCUACCAUUUUA